CUACAAUUCUGAAGGAAUUUUCAUUAGGACCGUCAAAUACUGUGUUCAGCUGUCCAAUAAACGUCUGUCUGAGUUUUGUUUUACGGCAAUUCCAUUCAUAACAAACUCUCAUUCCAAAUCCCUGAGUUCCUUUUAUUCGGGAUCAUAAACAUUGACCUGAUCUGACAAAUAGUUCGAUUCGCGUGCCCUUCUCCGGAUUCCAAAUUGCUUGCCUUCAUGUCACUUCUCGAUCCGACUUGAUGCUGGAGGUUUCCCCCCACCAUCAUGAGUGGCAUGGCACCCAAAGAGCUGGCUCCAAGAUCAUUGUCUCAAACCGAGGGCGAUAUUCGGCCUCCGAUUCAGCAGCCAGUGGAGAACGACGAGGACAAGGCUCAGCCAACCGAGCAGGGCGAGUUUGAGGUUGAGGCCGAGUGGUUGCUGUCCAAUUACAUGGAAGUGGUUCAAGUACGAUGCAAACUUUGUCAAAUGUCUUGCCCGACACAAAACCAACUCUUGGACCAUAUCAGAACCACGCAUUUCCGGCCCAUUCUGGUUCCUCCUACCAGAAAUGCGUCCGUUGAGAUCGUUGAAGAAGAUCUAACCUCGACCGGAUUCAUCUGCGGCAAAUGCUCAUUGGUGUUCGCUUCUUUGGACUUGUGCAAAGAUCACAUGUUACAGGUUCAUACCCAGCCUUUGGAGACCUCUCCCAUGUCAGAUUUAAAGGAAUCUGAGACAAUCGCAAUUCCGUCUGAGUAUCCAAGUGGGAAACAGCCUUGCCCUUACCCGGGUUGCUUGUAUCAAUUCGGUGGCCAAGAUAUGGUUCACCAUCAAUCUUGCCACCAUGGAGAGUCCUUCAAAUGCUCCCAGUGUCAAAAGAUGUUUGAGACUUGGCGACGUUGUGCCCUCCAUUUGUGGCAAAACCAUGAGCUGAAUGUGGACUUGCUCUCUUGUCCCAUAUGCGCUAAUUUCAAAACGGCUUUUCCCAUCAAACUUAAAAACCACAUGUGGUCGAGCCAUUCCCAAGGGGCGGAACCCAACUCGAAAUCAAUGCCUGUGGUUGGUUCUAAAAAGCGACAAUGUGACAUAUGCUCAAAGUUCUUCUCCGAUUCGAAAAGUCUGAAGAAGCACGUUCAAGCAGUGCAUGGGAAACUAAGGCCAUACAUAUGUCAGAUCUGUAAUCACCAAUCUGCUCGGCGAACCAUGUUGGAGAUGCAUAUGAGGCAGCACACUGGAGAGAAGCCUUUUUCGUGUGAUAUUUGCCAAUACCGAACGGGGGAUCACAAUUCGUUAAGACGACACAAAAUGCGGCAUACGGGCCAUCGACCGUACAAGUGUCCCUUUUGUCCGUACUCCUGCAUUCAAAGUAGUCCUUUCAAAUAUCACUUGGAGAAAAAACACCCAAAUGAGGAGAACGAGGUCAUAUUCACAUGUGAAACGUGUGGAUUUAAGUCGAUCAACCGACAGUCAUACAUCGAUCAUGUUUCUAUUCGUCAUGAAAUCGACAACAAGGCUUCCGAUCCAAAGGAUUGUGAGACCCCAAUUAAACCCCAACAAACGCCAGCCGGGUCCAAACCAUCGCAGUUGAAAGCCAGAACGAAAUUGAAAAAGCGAUUAAUAUCGAUGAAUAGGGCCAAUCGGACGAAAGAAGAAAUCAGCCAUCAAGGAGUCACUACAAUUGGUAGUGGUAAUCGCACCCCAAACGUGAAAGCAAAGGACUCAAUUGGAAGUGUGAAGAUUAUUGUGAAGACGGAAAAAUGUGCGAAAAAGGCUCUCCCCGAAGACGAGGACAGUUUGACCUGCAUAAUGGCGCAUGAUUUAGGUGGUACUACCAUUCCGGCUUGAUUUAUAACUAUCCUGUAGCUGUCGCAAAACUAAUACUUGUACCUGAAUGUAAUAUUUAAAAAAAUGAGUUGAAUGGCA